AUGAUUACGGGGGCGGGGAGGGUAUACUUGCCCAAAACCGUUUCCGUUUCCAUCCCUAAUCACUUGUCACCAUUUUAAAUUAAAAAUUUUCUUUUAAAAAUAUUUUGAUCUUUGAUGAAACCAAAAAAAAAAAAAAAAUUUAAGACAGUUUUAAAAAAGGAUAAUGAUUUGAGGUUUGAGAAUCCGACAAUUUUGAUUGAUUUAUGUAAGUGGAUGUUGAUGUUAUCAUGAUUUCAUUGAUUUUUUAAGUAAUUUGAAAAUUAUUUUACAUGCCCUGUUCGAUGUACUCGAUCUUAACAUCGUGUAGACAUUUGCCAAAUACGAAAAAAAGAAAAAUAAAAGAAUAUUUUACCUGAAAUUUUUUUUUUUUUUUUUUUAUUUUAUUAUUAUUUUUUUAUUUUACAUAUUUUGAAAGAAAAUCAUAAUUAGAUUACAAAAAAAAUUAUAUGGGAUAGAAUGAAAUGAACAAAGUUUCUUUGUAAGCUCAACUGUGUCAAUUAAUGAUUGAUUUAAACGCAAACAAAGAUUCUAUUAUUUUUGAGUCCUUGUUGGACUCUAUCAGUUGGCACACAUCGCGUUUUCGCCUCCUGAUUUGCCUGGCGUUUCUAUUUCCGUUUAGGCCCAUCGACCAACCAUGAACACCGUGACACCAAAUAUUCCAACAAUAAACAUCUUUGACGAGGAUGACGAUAUAUCACAUCUAUCUGAUCACAACCAGUACUCUGAUGAAGACAGUGACCUCCAGCUCGCAAUCAUGGCCUCUCUUUCAACCGCAACACCCAAUACCUCGAUCAUCGAAAACCCAUUUGACGGCGACGAAGAUCCCUCUCUGAAGAAAAGGAAAAAUAAGCUGUUUACGGUCACCGAAACAGGGGAGUCUUGGAAUUCUAAAUCAUCGUCUUCUUCUGAUAAAAUUUAUACUGCAACCUUUAUGUGUGAAAUUUGUGUUGAGCCAAAGUCAUACAAUGAGUCUUUUCUCAUAAUGGGCUGUGCACAUUCUUUCUGUUUUGAUUGUGUGAUCAAAUAUGUGGCUUCAAAGCUACAAGAAAACAUUCCGCAGAUUGGAUGCCCUGUUUCGGGCUGUUUCGGGCUUUUGGAACCAGAGUAUUGCCGAAACAUUUUGCCACCGGAGCUGUUUGAUAGCUGGGGAAAAUCUUUCUGCGAGGCGGUCAUUCCCGGAUCGGAGAAAUUAUACUGUCCCCACACCGAUUGCUCCGCGCUUUUGAUUGAUGAUGACAGAGAAGGCGGAAGGGUUAGUAGCCAGGUAGAGUGUCCCAAUUGCAGCAGGUGGUUUUGUGCAGAUUGUAAGGUGUCUUGGCAUUGGAAUAUGGAAUGCGCGGAUUUUCAGAGAAUGGACGAGGAUGAGAGAGAGGAAGCUGGUAUUAUGUUUAAGCAGCUUGCUGAGGAGAAGAGGUGGAUUCGGUGUCCCAAUUGCAGAUUCUAUGUUGAGAAAACCCUAGGCUGUAACACUGUGUACUGCAGAUGUGGACGGCUUUUCUGUUACGGGUGUGGAGAACACACGUGUAAGUGUAGUGGGGUACUAAGUCCUCAUAGAUGCUAAUGUGAUCUCUUCUUCCACAGUGUAGAGAGAGAGUAGUGCACAAUGUGAAGCAUCAAAUGGAAAUAUUAGUAGUUUAUAUAUUAAAACCAUUAUUGAAUAUCAGAUGAAUGGAAAUUACAUCUCUAAUGUUAGUAAUGUUUAUAGCUGACACUUUGCAAUGGUUGUAAUUAAUAAUUUUUCGUUUUAUAUGAUAUAAAUGAUCAAU